CAAGAUUUACCAAAUAUAAAUAAUGAAGGCGGUGUUUCUUCACCUUUUGUCCCCGAGUUUCCGCCUUUCUCACCUCUAACCCCAACUUUAGACAGAAUCGAAAGCAUAUAACAGUCUCUAAACUUCACGACACAUCGAUUGACUGUUAUUACUGGAUUGUCGUCAACGCGACGCGACAAAGGGGCACGACGGACCCCUGUUUUCGUCAUGGCACAGGCACGUGAACCCAAAGGCGUCAAGAAAUCCAGCACUUCCACCGGAGAAACCGGAAAACGAAGGACACCAUAUGCUCUGCGCGCAUGCGACGCAUGUAGACGACGAAAGGGAAAAUGCGACGGACGACAACCAUGCAGACACUGCUCAGGCCGAAACCAGAAUUGCAGUUACAGCAGCAGCCUUGAGAACAAUAGCUCCAGUCUUGAGAGUGACGAUUGGCACCCCGCUACAACGACAGCAGCGCCUCCAGCGCCCGCUCUCACUGACCCAGUACCUGCGACUACGAACCGUAAUUGUGCGACUUCAGGGACAUCAUGUCAGACGAACCAAGCUGCGAUUGUUGAUAUGCUCUCGAGCCUUCAAGAGCAAGUGAAUAGCUUGGCGUCGCAAGUUCAAUACUCGAAUAACCAGGAACAAACAAUGAUUGCUGCAACACGGCCCCGCGAUCCUAACCCAAAUCCUAAUUCCAAUACAAUACCCAUCAUCAGUCACAGUUAUACUGAAUCCACCACCGAUGAUCAGAGCUCAACACCAAAAUCCUCCCGAACAACUGCCUCUCAACAUUUCUACGGCCCAACGUGUCCAGACUACGCAUUGAAUGUGGGACAAUUGAAACUCCGACGAAAUAGCUGCCCAGGUCCACCGCUUCAACAAAAGCAAUUACAACUUGCCAGUAUUCACGAAGACGAUGCUUCCGAUGAGGCGGAUCAGAACGAUGGGCAAAAUACACAAUUUUCCGUCUCCCCGCGCGCAAUCGAUAAAGGCGAUCCGGCAAUGCUUCUAACAUUCCGCUCAAUCAUGGGUUUACAAGAGGCCAUUCAGCUUUUGUACAUUUAUCAAGAGGUCGUUGGUGGACUUCAUCCCGUUGUUGAUAUCGAUGCGCUUAUCAUGCAGACGCGCUCGUGGUAUGCUGAAGCUGGUGCUGGGAUCUGGGAUGUUCUGGCGUCGAGCACUGGAGCUGCUACGUACGAGUUGCUAUUGAUAUUGAAUCUGUGUUUGGCUAUUGCUUUGAGGGCUGAUGGGAACCCGUCGAGUUCGAAUACGGAGAAUUUGUUGAGGGAUAGUUUUCAAGAUUCUGUUAAUGCGAAGCUGGCUGCGCCUGCUAAUAGCAUUCAGCAUGCGACCAUAAUAUUUCUCAAGGGCUGGUAUGAUUUCUUCCAAGAGAUGCCCCGCUCCGCUUGGCGCAUGUGCGGCAUCGCAGGUCGCAUGCUGAUGGAACUCGGUCUCCACAACGCCGAAGUAUUCAGACAUACCGUCAAGACAGAGGCUCAACGCACAGAAGCUUGUACUCUCAUCAGCAGUAUAGUCAUCCUCGAUCGGCAAUGGAGCUAUGCAACUGGUUUACCGACACACUUCCAAGACACGAGCUUCAGCUCCAUGUCGACAUCUUCUGUCAAGAACCCAUACCUCAAAGCCAUGCUCUCUUUCAUCCUCAUUAGCGAUCGUUUCAGCGAACCUAUAUCAAACGCCGCGAAAGGCGAAGGCUACAACGAUGAAAACUCAUUUGAGUUGAUGAGCUUUCAGAUUGAGCAGUGGAGAAAGAAAGCUGUUGGUGAUUACAACGUUGCCAAUUGCCAAGCAUGGCAUACAGAUCCAUCAACCCGUCCGCCAACAUGGACGAUCCUACUAAAUCUCCGAGCGGAAUCCGUUCGGAGUCAACUUCUCAAACCAUUCUUCUUCUCAGAGUUGGACAUUGAGAUUACAAAGAACCACGUGCGAUCAGCGACUGAUCGAGUAUACGAUAUCAUUCAUGUUUUGCACACGCUUGACUCGACUACGGAUAUCUACCGCAAACAACAUCCACAUUACCAGCAUAUACUAGCAUGCACAGCCGGUCUAGCAUUCCUGCUAAUCGCUUUCAUAAAGCAAAACAGAACAACAAUGCUUCCAAGCCUCACCCCCGACCUGAUCGAAUCUCUCGGCGGCAGUUUCAGCAUGUGCGUGACCCUAACAACAAAAUACACCCACCGAUCGCGCUCCGCACGUCGUCUAGCCAAGCGUCUCAUCGAAAUGCGCCGUAACCUUCUCAGCCUGGGAAUUCUGAACCCAGCGAGUCCAGGAAGUCACGAAGGUUUAGACAACGUCACAGAGUCGAUCAGAAGAGCGAGUCUCGCACAACCAGUUGAAGAAUUCCAGCCUUAUGCGGAGUACUCGCCGCCUUUUAAUAAUGGAGUUGUUCCGGGGGGGUUUGCGGUGGCUGGGACGGUAAUUUCGGAUACGGAUAUGCAGAUGGGCUGGGAGGAUUCGUUAAGGUUGCAGUGGCCUAUUGGGGAUGUUAAUCACAUGUUUUCGGAGAGUAUAUUUUGAUAUUGGUAUUAGCGUUAGGAAUGAAUUAAGAUGAUUAUGAUCCCGUAGCCGAUGAUUGGCGGUUCCGUAAAAUGGUCAAGAGAGCGAGCGGGUAUGGGGUUGUGGAACGGAUCCGGGCGUUUUGCUGAUUCCAGGUGCGGUAUCCGCUUCGCGGGCCGCUGGUCAGCUGAAGGCUUAUCACUUGACUCUUGCUGCGGGAAAGGUAUUAUGGUGUUCUGGAUACAGCCCUCUUGGCUAUCAAUGCCAUCUGUUGAUAAUGCCAAGAUCACUACAGCCAUGCGUUAGUAAAACAGCGUCAAUAUCGAGACUCCAUUCCGACUCUCCAUAAAAAAUGCAGCCGCAUGUUGUCGAAGCCCGGACGAUUUCAUGAAGCUUUGAAGAUUAGAGAACAAG